AUGGCUCCAACAUUACCAGUUAAUGUCUUCAAGCUUCGUGGUGAAGAAUUUUUUCAACUUGUACAAGAACAAUGUGGUGCUACUAUGGUCGAAAUUUUACGAUACCUCGAGGUGAUGUCGGCUGAUUGCCUUCUUCAUAUUGAAGAUCUUUUUGCUUUUUUCCAUUAUGAUUCACCUGACCUUCUACCCAUAAAAAAGAAAGUUGGAAUCACCCUUAAUGAUGGAAGUUUUAAAGUGAAGGUUGGUCUUUCUAUUCAAGCCAAUAACUUCAUACAAUCUUUAAAAACAUUUCAACAACAAGAAACUUUUUUUCAUCUACUGAUUUAA